GGCAUGAAGUUUUUCCUCCAAUAUGUGGGCUUCUUUUGUGCUUUUUUCUCUGCUACGUUUUUGAUAAUAUCUACCUGGACAGACUGCUGGAUGGUGAAUGCCGAUGACUCCCUGGAGGUGAGUACGAAAUGCCGUGGCCUGUGGUGGGAAUGUGUCACAAACGUUUUUGAUGGGAUCCAAACUUGUGAUGAGUACGACUCCAUCUACGCCGAGCAUUCUGUGAAGCUGGUGCUGACCCGAGCCAUGAUGAUAACAGCAGACCUCCUGUCAGGAUUUGGAUUUCUCUUCCUGGUCCUGGGACUGGACUGUGUGAAAUUCCUUCCCGACGAGCCGCUCAUCAAGCUGCGCAUCUGCCUGGUGGCUGGGGUUAUGUUGCUCCUUGCAGGUCUCCCUGGCAUCACGGGCUCCGUGUGGUACGCCGUGGAUGUCUACGUGGAGCGCUCCUCCCUGCUCUUCCACAACAUCUUCCUGGGCAUCCAGUACAAGUUUGGUUGGUCCUGCUGGCUUGGCAUGGCGGGGUCACUUGGCUGCUUCUUGUCCGGGUCCCUGCUCACCUGCUGCAUGUAUCUCUUCAGAGAGACCAGUUCUGGAAGAUUCCAUUCUGCCUACUCCUUGAGGAAGGGCUAUUCCUCAGCUGCCACCUUCGUAACAAACGUGCAUUUGCCAUCCUCCCAGACAGCCACCUCCAAAAUGUAUGCGGUGGACACAAGGGUGUGA